AUGAAAUUUAGAAACUAUAAAGUAAAAAUUGAAUCUUACAUAACAAGAAGUAUAAUUAACAAACAAAAUUAGAAAAUAUUGAGAUUAUCCAUAAUUAGUGGAAUUCUUAAAAAAAAGAUAAAAGAGAGGAGUAGAAAUAUUUAAUUAGGUGUUAGAUUUCCAUAAAAAAGAGAGAAAAUAAAAAAUUGUAAAGGAAAUCAAGAAGAAGAAUGAAAAAAGAUGAAAGAAUAAUAAUAUAAAUACUUGAUAAUAUGAUUAGUUAAAAUAAAAAAUAAUAGAUAUGUAACGUAAUUCUGAGUUUCUAUUGAUAACAAUAAAACAUAUAUAAAAACCAGUAAAUAUUUAGAUAAGUAGAUUAGAUUAGAUAACAUAACAAUAAUAAUCUUUUUAACUCAAAAUGCGAUUACUGUUAAAACUGUUCAAUUUUAAGCUAGAAUAACAUGAAUAUUUUAGGAAAAGUAAAAUAAUAUUUAAAUCACAUAUCUUAUAAGAAUAAUGA